AUGAAGUUCUCUCAUUCGUUGAAGUACAAUGCGGUCCCUGAGUGGCAGGAGCAUUACCUGAAUUAUUCGCAGCUGAAAAAACUCAUCUAUUCGCUACAGGCCCAGGAGUUGCAGCUUCUUGGCGGAGGAAGUGGAGAAAACGGACAAGAACCUAGCACUUUGGAGGGCUCGUCUAAGAGGUUACAACGGUUCAAGGACAAAUUCACGUCCAAGAAGGACCAGGAUAAGAAGAACCAGAACCCCUUUGGUGAUGACGUUCACGUAGAAACUCUGGAGCUUUCCGACAUGAAGAAAAAGUCAAAGACUAAAUUGCAGUCUUUGAUGGAUUUCGAUCGUCGGAGCUCCAUUUCCAGUGACCGGACGCUGUUUAAUCCCCAGGACACAUUCCUGAGUAAACUGACGGACGAAAAGGUUAAGAUCGAUGAGUUCUACAAGAAACUUGAGGCGCAGUUGUACCGUCGAUUUAACACUUUGGUGAUGGAUUUGGAGAAAGUGGGCGCGGUAAGGGUUGAAAGCAGCUUUCAUGAUGAAGAUCCGGACCGUCAAAACGAAACUGGAACCUUGCACAAGAGGCAGCCUUCAGAAACUGCCAGUGGUAGCCUUUCUAGACCUAUUACUGGCGACACGUUUUUGGAGCAUGGCUCAGAGUUUGAAGACGAGGAGGAAGAAGAAGACGAAGCCAACAUCCGCGAAAAUACUGCAUUGCUGACUUAUUCAGACUUCACCGUGAAAUCACAGAAGCGUACCAUUCUGAAAAAGAACAUUAUUGAUCUUUACGUUGAUCUCGCGCAAUUGAAAUCUUUCAUUGAAUUGAACCGCAUCGGGUUUUCCAAAAUCACCAAGAAAUUUGACAAGACGUUAAAUUGUCAUGUUAGAGAUGAACUCAUAGAGUCGAACGAGUUUUUCAAAGACACAUACGUUUUCCAGAAAGAAACCCUGGAUAACUUAGACGCGAAGAUAAAAAAAGUCAUUGAAUUUUAUUCGGUUAUCACAGAGAAUGACAUAUCUUCCAGUAAAGAAGAGUUGAGAGGCUACUUGCGCGAUUUCAUCGUAUGGGAGAGAAACACUGUAUGGAAAGACAUGCUAGGACUGGAAUCUCAAGCCAAUACACUAUCCUCGGCCGGAAGACCAGGCGCAAAUGGUGAUAUUACCAAUUUGGAUAAUCAUGUCCACUUGGAGUACUAUUCCUGGAGCUUACCAAGACCUAUUAACUUUAAAUUCUUUGUUUGGGAGAAAGUAAGCGUCCCUAAGCUUUUUUUCACCGUAAAAUCCUUGAAGAUUUUCAUCAUUGUUGUGAUCACGGCAAUUUUACUAGGUGUCCCAACUUUCACGGAUCAAGCAGAACACCGCUGCAUGGCUCUUGUUGAGUGCGUUGCCUUCCUAUGGGCUUCUGAAGCAAUUCCUUUAUUCGUCACGGCUUUCCUGGUCCCACUAUUGGUGGUUCUAUUCCGUGUGUUAAAGAAUACAGAUGGCUCAGUUAUGAGUGCUGCAGAUGCUUCAUCAAAAGUUCUAGCGGCUAUGUGGUCCUCAACAAUCAUGGUCUUGCUCGCUGGGUUUACACUUGCAGCUGCACUCUCUAAGUAUAAUGUUGCUAAGGUGUUAGCUUCUUAUUUGCUAACUUUUGCGGGUACGAAGCCAAGAAAUGUCUUAUUGAUGGUCAUGUCAGUUGUAUUUUUCUUGUCAAUGUGGAUCUCGAAUGUUGCGUCACCUGUUCUGACAUAUUCAUUGAUUCAACCAGUUUUGAAAUCUUUAAGUGCAGACUCACCUUUCGCGAAAGCCUUAGUUUUGGGUGUUGCUCUUUCAGCUGAUGUUGGCGGUAUGUCUUCUCCUAUCUCAUCUCCUCAAAACAUUAUUUCGAUGGAUUACUUGAAACCUUAUGGUGUUGGUUGGGGCCAGUUUUUCGCUGUUGCUUUGCCUUCAGGAAUCUUGUCCAUGCUGCUCAUUUGGGUCCUAUUAAUAUUCACAUUCAAGAUUAACGAUACUCCAUUGAAAAAGUACACCCCAAUCAAAGAAAAAUUCACAUUAAAGCAGUACUAUGUUAUAUUUGUCACUCUUGGUACGAUUAUAUUAUGGUGUGUUCUGACUAAAAUAGAAGGAGCCUUCGGAUCAUCCGGCCAAAUUGCAGUGCUUCCUAUCGUGCUUUUCUUUGGUACCGGUCUCUUGAGCACGCAGGAUAUCAACAAUUUCCCCUGGUCAAUUGUUAUUUUGGCAAUGGGUGGUAUAGCUUUGGGUGCAGCCGUUUCUUCUUCGGGGUUGUUGUCGACCAUUUCCACCGCUCUGGAGAGACGCGUUAUGGAAUAUCCAACCUACGCUAUUCUCAUCAUUUUCGGUGUGGUAAUGUUGGUUGUUGGUACCUUUGUAUCUCAUACCGUUUCUGCCAUUAUCAUUAUUCCCUUAAUGCAAGAAAUCGGAGAUAAACUCAGCAAUCCAAAGGCGGCUCCCAUUUUGGUCUUUGGUUGUGCCUUACUUGCAUCUUGUGGUAUGGGACUUGCAUCAUCAGGCUUUCCCAAUGUCACAGCAAUUUCUAUGACGGAUGAAGUAGGAAAUAGAUAUUUGAGCGUCAACACGUUCAUCACUAGGGGUGUCCCUGCUUCGUUCUUAGCAUUCGUGUGUGUUAUCACAUUAGGCUAUGGUAUUAUGAACUCUAUAUUGUAG